UUAGUUCACGAUAAAAUUCCACCAUCACUCAACACAAAAAUAAAAUGCAAUCACCACGACCACCCAAAACCACCAUCACAUCCACAACAAACAACUUUAAUCUCAUCAUCCCAAAAUCCCCACUUCACAUCCACCCACAAAUCCUCAACCAACAUAUUAAAAAAACAACAUUAACAAGCAUGACUUCUAUUUUUAGUAAGUUUAAGGUCAAUAAUAAUAAUAAUUCCAAAACAAACAACAACAAUAGUAAUUCAACUGAGCUUACUACUUUCAGUGACUUCGCUGGAAAACAAGGAGCUGAUGUGGGUGAUGAUUUAUUGGUUUUGUUUACUCAUUUAGAAUAUGCUUUCAAGAAAAUUGCAGCUCUAGUUGCUUCUCCUGUUCAUUCUAGCCAUGGUAUAGCCUCCGUUGACGCCGAAAAUGUCGGUGCCGGUCGAGAUAAGCCUAAGCCACUUGACAUUGUUUCUAAUGAGAUCAUCUUGUCUUGUUUGAGAAAUUCUGGAAAAGUUGCUAUUAUGGCAUCAGAAGAAGAUGAUGCCCCAGUUUGGAUAACUGAUAAUGCGCCAUUUGUGGUAGUUACGGAUCCUUUAGAUGGUUCCCGUAAUAUUGAUGCUUCUAUACCUACUGGAACCAUUUUUGGGGUUUAUAAGCGGUUAAUAGAACUUGAUAGUCUUCCAGUGGAAGAGAAGGCGAUGCUAAAUUCGUUACAAAGUGGCAGUAGGCUUGUUGCUGCAGGUUAUGUUCUUUAUUCUUCAGCAACCAUAAUGUGCAUCAGCUUUGGUUCUGGUGCACACGCGUUCACUCUUGAUCAUACGACAGGAGAUUUUGUUCUCACUCAUCCAGACAUCAAAAUUCCUCCUCGAGGCCAAAUCUAUUCAGUAAACGAUGCUCGAUAUUUUGACUGGCCAGAGGGUCUAAGGCGAUAUAUUGACACUAUCAGACAAGGUAAAGGCAAGUUCCCUAAAAAGUACUCUGCCCGAUAUAUUUGCUCAUUAGUUGCCGAUUUUCAUAGAACUUUGAUGUAUGGGGGAGUGGCAAUGAAUCCUAGAGAUCAUCUUCGACUUGUCUAUGAGGCAAACCCUUUGAGUUUUCUAGCAGAACAAGCCGGCGGAAAGGGGUCUGAUGGUAAGAACCGAAUUCUUUCACUUCAGCCUGUUAAGUUGCAUCAAAGACUUCCAUUGUUCUUGGGAAGCCCAGAUGAUAUUGAUGAGUUGGAAAGUUAUGGUGAUGUUCAACAAACAGUAAAUCCCGGUUAUGAUGUAUGAUACAGCACGUUUAUAUUCUCAUGUAUAUAUAGCAAAACUGUUUUCACGACUCUCGACUAUAAAUAACAAAUUUCUCUUAGACAAUGUUCUUCGGUUUUUGUAAGGAAAGAAAAGAAAAGAAUCCAAAUGUUUA